UACACUCUUUUUUUAUAAGAACAAUUUUAUAAGAACACAAGCCUCAAAAUUGGUCAAAUGUUAAGAACGAAUCAAGAACAAGCUGAGGUUUAGCUUCUGCAAAAUGCAACUUUGAACAACCUUUUUUCUCAAAAUUGAAGUGCUUUUGAUUUCUUUUUUGGUAAAUAUUCAAACCUGUCGACAAAUGAAGGCUGUCUCACUCACUUUGUUGGCAAAUGAGGCCUGACUACCUCCUUAAAGUGAAAAAGUUUGCACUUGUGCUGCUUACACCCUAUUAAAUUAACAACAAAUUAAGAACAAUCAUACCUCAGAUUUUCGACAAAAUUAAGAACAGUCAGCCUGAACUUAAAUUUAUUGGUUCUUAUAGAAAAAAAGAGUGUACUGUAAUGUCCAAGUAAAGUCUAGAUAUGUAUAUGGAUGUGUAUGUAUGUUGUUAGUUUUGUCCUUAUUCCGAUCAUAACUCUUUCUAAAAUCCGGAAAAUCAUUGGACUUGGACCCCUUACAACUGAACACCCUUACCCCUUGAAAACUACGGCUCUGAUUUACCCCCGUUCUUUUUGAAAAACCAUUGUUCUAAUUCAAAUCUCAAGUGUACAGGUUGUCAUACGGAACCAGCGAGAAAAGCAAAUCAAUUCAUCCUGUGAUGCCAAGGCACAUGGCACCUUCCCACAUUCGUGUAACUAGAGUUGGUUAAUAAAGUUUAACGAAUUUUCUUACUAAGAAGACAAUAAUCUAUCUGGAUUUCGAGCCAACAAGUGAGUUCUCAGCAUGGUUACAAACUCAUUCAACAGCGAAUUCUACCGACAGAUUUUUGCAGAAAAGUUUCCUUUUGUCAGCUGGAUAAGAAACUACAGUAUUCUGAAACUUCAGGGUGACUUGAUGGCCGGUCUAGCUGUUGGUUUCAUGGUUGUUCCCCAAUCAUUGGCAUUGUCAACCGUUGCAGGACUUCCAGCACAUUAUGGUCUUUAUUCCUCGUUUCCUGGACCCCUCGUUUACUGCUUUCUUGGCACCAGCAAAGACAUAAACGUUGGUCCAACACUAUUGGCUGCCAUGGCAACAGCUCGUUACGAUGAUUUGCAUGAGCCCCGCAUCGCAACCAUGAUGGGUUUCAUUGCUGGAGUAAUAUUACUUCUGGCUGGCCUACUUAAACUUGGCUUUAUCGUUCGGUUUGUAUCUGCCCCUGUUUUUAGUGCUUUUAUUUUUGCGACUGGGAUUUCGGUAACUAUUAACCUGUCACAGGACCUUCUGGGGCUUCCACCUGGGCCUAGACCAUUCUUCCAGCGGCUCUGGCAUAUUUUGACGAAUUUAAAGCAAACCAGACAGUGGGAUGCUUUGCUUGGCAUUUCGUGUCUUUUGACAUUGAUUUCCUUAAACAUGGUGCACAGGCAGAGCGAUCAGAAAGAUGCUGGAUCAAAGUCAACGCGCAGCAAAGUCUUCAGAGUUCUAAAUAUUGCUAAGAAUUCAUUGGUUGUGACUCUUGCAACAAUUAUUUCGUAUCUUGUAUACAUUUCGGGACAGCAAAACACUUUUAAACUGGUUGGAGAGCUACCUAAAGGCUUUCCUCGACCUGAGAGUCCAGUGCAGCAAAUUCGUAUAUCUGCCAACCAUACGAUGAACUUUGAAGAUGUGUUGUCGUCUCUGGGUCCUGGUAUUGGAGUCCUGCCCCUAAUCAUGUACCUGGAAAGCAUAGCAGUUGGCAAAGCCCUGGGGACAAAGAACAACUAUGAUGUAGAUGCAUCUCAAGAACUCAUCGCCGUUGGUGCCAGCAACAUUGUCGCCUCUUUCUUUCAAGCUUUUCCUAUAACAGGCAGCUUCGGAAGGUCAGUGGUCAACAGCGUGAGCGGUGCUGCCUCGCCUUUGUCAGGCGUUUUCAGUGCUUUGAUUGUCAUCAUGGCUUUACAGUUUAUAACCCCCGUCUUUCAGUACAUUCCAAUCACGAUUCUUGCUGCCAUGGUAAUAGCCUCGGUGUUAAGUAUGGUUGAUCUGAAAAUGCCCCAAGAGUUGUGGAAAACCAAGAAGAUUGAGCUACUACCAUAUAUGGCCUCAUUUUGUGCCUGCUUUUAUGAGUUGGAAGCUGGUAUUUUAGCUGGAACAUUAAUGAGUUUGUGUUAUCUAUUAUACAAGCAGAUGAGGCCGAAUGUGCUUAUAGAACAAGUGGAAGCGGCUGUUUCUGUUUUGAGAGUUCAAGGAGACCUACAGUUUCCGAGCACAGAGGACCUUAUCGGAAAGCUUAUCAGCCUGCACAAGCCAAAGAACGGUACCCAGAAGAAAUCCUUUGAGCAGAUGGAAAUCAGGAUCGACUUCUCAAAUGUAUUUGGAAUUGACCAUACUGUCGCAUCAGCAUUGAAGAAAGCAAUACAUGAGCUUCGAAGACACGGGGUCAAAGUGACAAUGGUAAAUGUAACCGAUCCUAGAGUGAAGAAUAUUUUGACGAAAACUGGCCUUACGUUGCUCGAAAGCGGAAAAAGAGACAUUGAUUCUGAGUCAAAGGAUUUCCGAUGCUACGAGACUAAUGUGUGAUUACCAAUUUAAUCAUUUACUUAGUCUACGUUGCAAUGAAUUGAGGAUUCCUAUUUCAAAUGAUAUCUUUAAAUAUAUAUUAGAAUUAGAAAAUGAAAUACAAAUGAAUUGGCAAUAUUUUUAAUCUGUAUUUUGUAGGGUUGUUCUGCUCUACUUUCGCAGUACAUUUCUUUAGUAGGAUUCGAGGAACAGGGCAAUCAUUGUCAUUUUAUUUUCAUUUUUCAUUUUAAGCAAUUAUUGUCGUGAAAAUUACACACAGAUUUGCUAAGUGUUUUAGAUUCCUCCAGGCUUAAAAGUUGGUUGAUUAACUCUGUUUGUUUGUAUCUUGGAAAGCAAAUUUCAAGUUUCACAAUAAGCGAAUCGAAGUGAAAGCACUCGGUUCUUAUUGAAACGGCAUCACGGUAAUUUAACAGUUACAGUGCAUCGAGGCCGAACUAUGUAGAGCGUUUUUGAUGGAGCUCGGACGCUCUGCAUCUCAAAAGAAUGUCCUCAACGGCAUUACACUUUUUUAUGCUUAUGCCCUUAUGGUUCACCCCAGAGAUAAAGUUUCAACCUGAUUACGUUUCACCCUUCAAAAUGUCUCGGAAGCUGUUUUCGUGAUGUUCCAAAAAACUCUCUCGUAACGUCGGGAGGACUAUUUGAUUAUGUCCCAGAAUCUUCUUCCGUUAUAUCCCGAAGGACGAUUUCUUAAUGUUCCAAAGGGCUCCCUAUUAACGUCCGGAUGACUAUUUUAUUAUGUCCCAGACUCUUCUUCCGUUGUAUCCCGAAGGACGAUUUCUUAAUGUUCCAAAGGGCUCCCUCAUAAUGUCAGGAGGACUAUUUUAUUAUGUCCCAGACUGUUUUUCCAUUGUGUCCCGAAGGACGUUCUCUUAAUGUUCCAAAGGGCUCCCUAAUAACGUCCGGAUGACUAUUUUAUUAUGUCCCAGACUCUUCUUCCGUUGUGUCCCGAAGGACGAUUUCUUAAUGUUCCAAAGGGCUCCCUAUUAACGUCCGGAUGACUAUUUUAUUAUGUCCCAGACUGUUUUUCCAUUGUGUCCCGAAGGACGUUCUCUUAAUGUUCCAAAGGGCUCCCUAAUAACGUCCGGAUGACUAUUUUAUUAUGUCCCAGACUCUUCUUCCGUUGUGUCCCGAAGGACGAUUUCUUAAUGUUCCAAAGGGCUCCCUAUUAACGUCCGGAUGACUAUUUUAUUAUGUCCCAGACUGUUUUUCCAUUGUGUCCCGAAGGACGUUCUCUUAAUGUUCCAAAGGGCUCCCUAAUAACGUCCGGAUGACUAUUUUAUUAUGUCCCAGACUCUUCUUCCGUUGUGUCCCGAAGGACGAUUUCUUGAUGUUCCAAAGGGCUCCCUACUAAUGCCAGGAGGACUAUUUUAUAAUGUUCUUUAUUAUUCUUCCAUUUUGUCAAAGAGGACCCUUUCAUUGUGUACCUGGCAGGGGCGUUGUGGCUCCUAGAAAAGGGCCGGGAGAAAAUGAUCAUAAGGCGACCCGCUCAUUGGUAUGACAUCUCUAAUCACAAACCACAGGUCGCCAAAAAUGGUACGCACCUGGAAAUCAUGCACCUACGACAAAUUACAAAGAUUUUAAAGAUUCGUCUGCUAUAUUUGUAGGGGUAUAUCUCCUUUUCUUUAACCAUACUCCCUUUAAGACUGCAAAAAAUGUGGAUAAAAUCCAGUGCUGUAGUGCACACUUAACACAAACACAAACGCGAUGGAGAACGUCUGUGCACUCGAGCGAAGCGUGCAGAAAAUUAGCUUGAAAAUUUUCGUUUACCGUUUACCACGUUUUACAAUUUUUAGGCAUACUUUUUUGCAUUUUCGUUAAAAUUCAGUUGUUAAAUUGGAAUUCCUUGCUUUAAGGGGCUCUCUAGACCUCGAGGCCCCUCCUUGUCCUCCUCCUUGCGGCUCUGUUCAUAUUCCACGCAUCUCUUUUACAGGGUCCUAUUUGUUUUUGUUGACCUCCUUUGAUUUUGAACUGUAAACUUGAGUCUACAUGUAAGUGAGGGGUUUGUUCAUAUUAAGUAUUUUCCGGGGUUUUACAAACUCACUUUUAUGGGGCCAACCGGGAAAUCUCCCGGUGUCCCGUCUAGCCACAACGCCCCUGGUACCUGGACAAUCUCCCAUAACCCCUAGAGAAAAUUAAAGGCAUUGAGUCAUGGUUAAUAGGCCUUCUCUAUAGGGGGUCAUUUGGUUUCGGCGUGAUCGCUGCUGUUUCAUGUGAUAUUUGCAUCCGUUGUUGACAACUUGCUAUUGAUAAAAAUCGUUUUGUCAAUCAGUACGAGGUUGACCAGCUCAAGGUCAACCAAUAGCAUCGCAGUCAUGAAAAUCAUGACUCAGCGGAUUUUGGCGCUCAGGGUAUACCCAAUCCAUUUUAUCAUGACUCAAUGCCUUUAAUCCUGAAAGAAUUUUUCACCGUGCGCCGUAGGACAAUAUCAUAUUUUUGGCGAAAGAGUUUCACAGUACUGAAGAGGACAUCUUCAUAACAUUUCUAUAACCUCCUUGGAGAUAUUUUUCAAACGACUGACUUAAAUCGCAAUAUUUACCCAAUCGUUAUAGCUCUGAAAUUAUCAAAACCUUGAUCUAAUUAUAACCUGUUUUUUCAUGAAAAUCAUACUUCAAGAAAUG